AUGACCAGCAGAUUGUUUGCUUUUGUGCUGGCAUUACUGCACUUGUGUGACAUCUCGGACUCCUAUGAACCAUCGACAUUGCCUAAUAUUGGAGAUCCAAAGUUUAUCGAGGAAUGUGUGCAGAGCCACAACAGAUUCCGGUCUGGAGUGAAACCAUCAGCCAGCAACAUGCUCUACAUGAGUUGGGAUCCGGAUUUGGCAAAGACUGCAAAAGCUUGGGCAAAGAAAUGCCUGUUUAUGCAUAAUACGUAUCUCAAAAAGCCAGGGCAAGCUCACCCCAAAUUUACCUCUGUUGGAGAAAACAUCUGGACUGGCUCACUCUCUGCCUUUACUGCAGAAGCAGCAAUCACCUCUUGGCACAGUGAGGUCAAGGCAUACAAUUAUUACACCAAUAAGUGCACAGCAACAUGUGGCCACUAUACACAGGUUGUUUGGGCUACAAGCUACAAGGUUGGUUGUGCUGUCCACUUCUGUCCCAGCGUGGCAUACAUCUCCAUAGUCAACGCAGCACACUUUGUCUGCAACUAUGCGCCGGCUGGGAAUUUCCCAGUGCACCCAUACAAGACCGGAGUACCGUGCAGUGACUGCAGUGGCGACCAGUGUGCCAGCAAUCUGUGUCGAAAUGCAGAGCGUGACAAAGUCAUUUAUGAUUCCAAGUGGCAUCCAGAAUGGGACAGACCUGCAUGUGAUGAGUACUGCAUCGCUGUUACUGUUUUAAGGCCAUUACUACUUAUACUGACAAUUCUGGCCACCUGGCUCCUACCAAAAUACUGGUCUGUAGCCCGCCAAUGGGUGAUACAAAUGUAG